GAUUCGCUCAAAAUUUUGUUUUUGAAAGUCUUCAGCGGAAACUCUGACUGACAUAUUUGCUAACUUUACUUUCGUCGCCUAGGACGCUGGUCUCACGAAAACAAAGCAGCGAAGACGAAGAGUUAUAGUUUUCUUGAGGAUAAAGGCGAAGAGUGAGUUACAUUUCGAUUUGAAAAUACUUUUCAGUUGUCUUUAUAAAUUUCUAGUUGAGAAAAUGGGCCGCAUCUUCCUGGAUCACAUCGGCGGGAGUCGCCUCUUCUCCUGUGCCAAUUGUGACACUAUUCUGACCAACCGUGCUGAACUCAUCUCAACGCGCUUCACAGGGGCAACUGGCAGAGCUUUCCUCUUUAAUAAGGUGGUGAAUCUGCAGCACAGCGAGGUGCAGGACAGAGUCAUGCUGACGGGAAGACACAUGGUGCGAGACGUCAGCUGCAAGAACUGCAACAGCAAGCUGGGCUGGAUGUACGAGUUUGCCACCGAGGAGAGUCAGCGAUACAAGGAGGGCCGAAUAAUCCUGGAGAGGGCGUUGGUGAGGGAGAGCGAAGGCUUCGAGCACGUUCCRUCCGACACCUCUUGAGUUUCUCUACCCAUCGGUGUGCUUACAGUCAUGCGGCUUUCACCUCCAGCAGUAGUACACACCCUUGCAUGGACAGUGAUCUUUUUGUGAGUAGAGCUGCACCAGAAUAAAAUCCUGAUCCAGGUGUUUGUGGGAAAAUCAA